AUUAUUAUUGUUGUUGUUGUAAUUCAAUUAUUAUAAAUAAUAAAUACACACCUACAAAAAAAAAAAAAACAUGUCGUUGACUUUAAUGAAAAAAACACAUGCAAGUAAUAAUAAUAAUAAUAAUAAUAAUGAUGAUGAUGAUAUAAAUGAUAUAUUUGAUAAUUUAUUAUUUGGUGAAGAAUUGGCAAAUAAAAGUGGUUUUGAAGAAGGUUUUAAUGCUGGCAAGUGUCAAUCAAUAAGUGGAUAUCAUCUUGGUUAUCAUAGAGCCAGUGAAUUAUCAGCUAGACUUGGAUUUUACAGUAUUGUUAUAAAAAAUUGUCUUGACAAUAGUGAUAAUUCAUCAAAAAUUAAUAAUCAAGCAAUUAUAUUGGAUGAUUUAAUAAAUAAAUUUCCAAGAGACAAUACUGAAACAAUUGACAUUAUUAAAAUAUUUGAAAAUAUAAAAUUAAAAUUUAAUAGACUCUGUUCAUUGGCUAAAAUUAAUAUUUCAUAUUCUGAAUUUGAUAAUCAACUCAAUUUUUAAUAAUAAUAAUAAUAAUGUAUAAAAAUAAUAUUAAACAUUUUGAGGAUACUAUUUUAUUUAUUAAAAAUCAUGAUAAAUUGGCAAAUUGUCAUCUUGUUGAUUUUAUAACUGAUGAUUUAUGGAACAAAUGUUUAUCAAAUGAUUUGAAAUUACAAAUUCAACAAACCAACAAUAGCACUAACAAUAAUAAUCAUAAUAAUAAUGAGAUAAUAAACUUUAAUAAAUUAAAUUUUAUAAAAACAACUGAUGCCUUGAAUAUUAAAAAUAAUAUUAAUGUUAUUGAUGCAAAUGAUUUUAAUGAUGAUGAUAAUAACAACAAUAAAAAUUUAAUGAAAAAUCGUUUUAUGAAAAAUAAAAAAACUUAUGAAAUUGAUAUUUUAUCAAAUGUAAUAUAUAGUAUUUGGAAAAAAAUAUUACCAAAUAAUAAUGAAACAAUUGUUAUUGAUGUUGGUGCUGGAAAAGGAUAUUUAGGCACAAAUUUAUGUGAAAAUUAUGGAAUUCCAGUAUUGUCUAUUGAUUCAUGUCCAUCAAGAUAUAAAAGUGCUUUAAAACGUCAAAAACUUUUAAAAAAAAUAAAAAAUAAAUCAUAUACUUUGGUACGUCAUUUAGUUGAAUUUAUUGAUGAAAAAACAGAUUAUGAAAAAUAUAUUGUAUUAAAUUAUCCAAAUUGGAAUAAUAAUAAUAAUAAUGAUAAUUUAUUUCUUGUUGGUUUACAUACAUGUGGAAAUUUAGCAAAUUCCAUGAUUAAAUCAUUUGUUAAUUCAAAAUCACUUGGUACAUUGUGUGUUGUACCAUGUUGUUAUCAUUUAACAAAUGAAACAUUAACAAAUAAAUAUUUAUUUACUAAAAAUGCAAGAAUGCUGGCACAACAAUCUGUCGAGAGAAAUUCAAUGAAAAAAAAUAAAAAAAUGCCUACAUCUAUUUUUUACAGAGCAAUAUUGCAAGUUUUAUUAAAAUCUCUAGGUAUGGAAAAUGUUGUGAUAGGUAGAGGUUCAGCACCAAGUUAUGAUUUUAAAAUUUAUGCAAAAUGGGCAUUAAAUAAAAUUGGUCUUGAGUCAAAUAAAAUACCAAAAGACAAUGAUCUAGAUAAAUUGUAUAAUAAAUAUGCUGAUAAAGAGUGGCAAAUUAAUGUCUUUCAAAGUCUUCGAGUUCACUUGGGAUCUGUUAUUGAAACAGCACUUAUUCUUGAUAAAAUAUUGUAUCUUGAAUCUCGUAAUGAAUGCUUCAAAGUAUCCAUUGUUCGUAUUUUUGAUCCAUUAUUAUCUCCACGUUGUUAUGCUAUUUUAGCAUUUAAAUAAUUUUACAAAAAAUUCAAGUAAAAAAGUAAAACAAGGUAAAAAAUAUAGUAAUAAAUGAUGAUUGAUAUCAUAUCAUAUAUUUAUAAAUGAUAAAAAAAUUACAAAAUAAAUUUUUUUUUUUUUUCAACAAAAUUAUGAUUAUUUUUAUUAUUUUUAUUAUUUUUAUCAUCAUACGUUAUUAAGUUGUGCAUAUAUAGUAUAUACCUAUAUAAGUAUGUAACUAAAUAGAGAUAGUGGUCCAUAAAUACAUAAAAACAUACAUACCCACAUACAUAUACAUAAAAAAAAUGAAAAAAAAAAAAAA